UCACCGGUUCACAACCUUUCUAAGCGUUUACUUUGGGAGAGGUGGGCAAAGCGAAACACAAAGGGUACCAAUCCCAAACCCCAAAUGGACUCCAUUGAUGUGCUCACGCUAGUCCCAACAUCGAUAAGCGCUUAUUUAGAACAAGAACUCGAUAAGCGCUUCAACGUCCUCAAGCUCUUGACUGUCCCUAACAAAACCCAGUUCAUCAAGGACAACUCCAGUUCCAUCCGAGCCAUCGUCGGCCACGGCGGCGCUGGAGCUGAUGCCCAACUCAUCGACAGUCUGCCCAACUUGGAGAUCAUCUCCAGCUUCAGCGUUGGGACGGACAAGAUUGAUUUGAAGAAAUGCAAGGAAAAGGGUAUUCGGGUCACCAACACACCCGACGUGUUGACCGAUGACGUGGCCGACCUCGCCAUCGGGUUGGCGCUGGCGGUCAUGCGGAGGCUGUGUGAGAGUGACCGCUAUGUCAGGAGUGGGCAGUGGAAGAAGGGUGACUACAAGUUGACCACAAAGUUCACUGGAAAAACAGUUGGUAUCAUCGGUUUGGGAAGAAUCGGCAAAGCAGUUGCCAAGAGAGCUGAGGCUUUUAGCUGCCCCAUUGCCUACUUCUCCAGAACAGAAAAACCAGAAUUGAAGUACAAGUAUUAUCCUACUGUUGUAGAAUUGGCCUCCAACUGUGAUGUUCUAGUUGUUGCGUGCCCACUCACUGAAGAAACCUGCGACAUUAUCAAUCGUGAAGUCAUUGAUGCAUUGGGGCCAAAGGGUGUUCUCAUUAACAUUGGGAGGGGUCAUCAUGUUGAUGAGCCUGAGUUAGUAUCUGCACUGCUAGAAGGCCGAUUAGGUGGAGCCGGCCUUGAUGUGUAUCAAAAUGAACCAGAAGUACCGGAGCAGCUGUUUGGUCUUGAAAAUGUGGUGCUCUUGCCUCAUGCAGGAAGUGGUACUACUGAAACUCGCAAUGCAAUGGCUGACCUUGUUAUUGGGAAUCUUGAGGCUCACUUCUUGAACAAACCAUUGCUGACCCCUGUGGUUUAACAGUAUACAAAGUCCAUUGGAGGCAUCAUCUUGAUCUGGCACUACCGCACUACUGUCUUCUUCAAUAACUAGGAUCAUUGUUUCUGGAAUGGCAAACUCAUGUUGAAACAGCUGAUUGAUACCUGUCCACUAUUGAAAUUAUAUCAUGGCAUUUAAAAAUAUAUAUUUGGCUUCUUGGUUUA